CGGAUAAAUGAUUCAUUUACUUUCUUUACUACGAAGGUUGCAACUUCAAUUUCUACGCGCACUACAGUAUAUAUACUCCAAGGCAAAGUCGGAACGGUACGUAGUUGCCUCUUGCAACCAGGCAACACUAUAAGCUUAUACUAGUAUACAUAUCCUAAACCGUCUAUCGAGGACGUGAAAAAGCAGCAUCAAUGGUCAUAAGUCGCUGGGGCUUGUCAGCGUGUGUUUGGGUGGCCUUCGGGGGUGGCGAAGGGUGCGUCGGCGUGGUACGGCACGGACAUUCAUCGUGCCGUCAUCAUGGGCGAUCAAUGCUCCAUUUCCUUGGCAUGGGCCAUGCACCAGCCCUUCUUUUGUGCCCACUUCAAGCAUUUGACCACUUUGCAACGCUCGCCACCGCCAUGCAUGCGGCACAGUUGCUUCAAAUGGGCCUUCUUCUUACAGCCCCCGACAGCACAAAACUUGCCGCCGCCGUGGGAUUUGCACAGUCCGCGGGAUUGCGACGCGCGCUUGCAUCCUUCAAACCUGCAUCGAGAGCCGCCGCCGUGAGCAAUGCACAACCCUCGACUUUGGCUGUUCUUGACACACCCUUCAAACGUGCAUUGGCGAGCUCCGCCGUGUUUCUUGCAUCGCUGGUGGGACCGCGCGCGAUUCGAACACCCUGCUUGCAAACAAAUCUUUCGUGUGGCCCCCGACGACGGCGAGAACGUCAUGUCUGUCGCGUCGCUGGAUGUGUAUGGUUGCGCAGAAAUGGUCAGUCGGCACACCAGGGGUUCGGAUUUGACCGUUGGCUCUUGUUUGACCACGGGUUCGGGCAAGCAUUUGGAGGUCGCUGGCCGUUGAUGGUUGUGUGCAUGCGCGGUCAAGCGGGGCGCCAACGGCAUUCGCUUCUGUGUGUCUUUUUCGUCCUUCUUGCUGACGUCGUCGUCAAAUAUACACGGGAGUGGCGCGAUCUGGCCCAAUGCUCGCUUCUGGGUGAUCAUUUCCCAGUCAUAGUUGUAGUAUUGGUUGGGAUACGGAGCGGACGGUCCUUGAAGGUGGCCAGAUUGCACAUUGUUCGUGUACGGCGACACAUCGACGACCUGGGCGUUGACAUUCACGACAGGGGCGCUGUUUUCAUCGUAAUCUGUCAGGUCGAGGUCGUCCAGCUCGAAGUUGAACGGGUCCAUCUCCAUGUCGAACAGGCCUUUCUCCAUGAAGAAGGGUUGGUAUUCAUCGGACAAGGAGCCCGACGCGAUGUGCAAGUUGGUGGGGACGUCCUUACUCUCGUCCUGGAAGGAGUCCAUGCGCAUGAUUCGCGGGUCCAGCCGUGGCGGCGCACCUAACCGUGUCGGAACUGUGUCGAUGCUCAUCUUGCCUUCUGUCAAAUC